AUGCCGCCUCUGGCUCUCCCAGCGGCGCACGUAGACGGCUCUCAAAACCGCUCAGCCGCGUCUCCCGAGAUCGAGGUCAUGGACGAAGAUGACGACGCGGUUGAAGGCAUCUUAUUUCCCGACCCGAUACUCACUGAAGGGAUAGCUCGAUGUACUGAGUGUGUAUGGGAGGUGGUCGACGGGUUCUGUCAGGGUUGCGGUUUAGAGCACAACGAGUAUGAGGAGGAUCCGAUAGAACACAACGUGAUAGAGCCAUCUACCUCGACUGAGGAUGACAUGCUCCAUCCUGAUCGACAACUCGUCCCACGCGGAGACACGCCCCUGCGUGACAUCGACCCUGCCGCCGUUGAGCACGUACCCGCGGAUUACAACAUGCGAAAGGAAAUGUACCAUGCCUUACUCUCCCGUGGUGCUACGCGCGAGAUGUGCGUGCGGUAUGGUCUGCGCUUUCAUGAUGAGAGCGGCAUCGUCGCCUAUGCCGAUGAGGAUCUCUUCGAUGAUUUCACGGGAGACCUCGUCCAACCUGGAGACCGCUGGCAGAUAUGUCUUGGUCGGCGCAUUCACUUGGAAGACAGCGACAAGGACGGCUCCGUGUUCAUGACGGAACUUGUUGAACAGGUUACCUUGUUUCAGCAUGCUUCAUUUUAUGGACAUGGCAGUUGGGAAACGAUUCUCACUCAGCAAGGAGCACGCCGACGCCGACGCGUCUGGGUUACGCGACCAGUCGUCGGCGCAUACGAUCCGUACGGGGAAUCUAGCGGCACGGAUAGUGACGAAUACGACUACACCAACGACGAGAUCUCGGAGGAUGGCCUCGAUAUUGACCCUCGAGACCCCCCUGCAAGAACCUUUGCUGACGACUACGAGAGCGAGUCGGAGCCGGAGGACGAAGGCAUGGAUGUGGACCCGUCUUGGUCGGACGACGGGGAGAUCUACGAGCGCAAUGAUCCGGAGAUAGUCUUGCCCGAUAGCGCGUGGGACCCCUCGGAUCCCGGUGGUGCAGAAGAGGAUGAUAUGGAGAUGCCUGACUCCGACGAGCCGGGCAGCGAUUGGGACUCCGACGAGAUCAUGAGUGGCGAUGAGAUUGUACCUUACGUCGCUCGCUUGAAGUAUGAACGUGAAGAGCUUGCGUUGGACGGCUCCGAGGAGGAGGAGGAAGAGGAGGAGGAGGAGGACGAUGAGGACGAUGAAGAUGAAGAUGAAGAUGAAGAUGAAGAUGAAGACGGUGACCAUGGCGAAGGCCAGGGCGCCGAAACUGGUGAUACGCAGUCCCAUGGCGGAAAUGAUAGAGGGGGGGACGGGGAUGAGGAUGAGGAUGAGGAUGGAACACGCAGAGUUGUCCCGCAAGAUAACGAACCUGGCGCUGAAGUGGCAAAGGACCAAGCACCCGUUACGCCUAGUGCUGGACGAGAAGGCCACAACGAUGUAGCGGAAGGCAAGGACCUUGAGGAAACAGAUAUUCGUUCAUCUCAAGCAAGUAACGGGGAUCCCAACGCUGGAGGCGACGGGGCUGUUGCACCUCGGAACGAUGGCAUCGACAAGCUUCUGGAUAUCAUGCGGCAGCGCUCUACUACCACGAAUGAUAUCGACGCUCCUCAAGCAGCUGCUACGAGUUCCUCAACGCAACGUACGCAGGUCACUACGAACCGGCCGAAGAUAUAUUUUCGGCCGAAUCUUGACGUCAACUACUGGAGGAAACUGGUCGGAGAACCUGGCGGACCUCGGUACCAGUUCUCGUACUUGAUCGCUCCGAAAGUACCCGCACUUGAAGCCGAGCUCAAAUGGCACCGAGACUUAGCCGGUCAUCCCCUGCGCACGACCAUCUCUACGGGAAACAAGAAAGCGAAACUCAGACGAGUCAAGGAAUGCGUGGUGGCAUUCUGGGAAUACAGGGCAAGGCUCAUUCGUGAAGGCCAACUGGAGCGAUAUUGCUCUGGCACCUAUCCUUUAUGGCCGGCGUGGAUUCUGGACCUUGAACAACCUACGUUAUAG